AUGGAGGAGUGCACUAAUCAAGAGCGAUCGGAAACGAAUGAUGCGAAAGAAGAGAAACCGCCGGCUAAUGAAGACACUGAGCGAGAGCCAGAGCAACGAGAAAGAGAGUGUGCGAAUGAGACUACACAAGUCGUAGAAGUCAAGAAUGUUGCGUGCGAGGAAGUGAUCGUCAUUGACGACAGUUUCGAAGAUGAGAAUACUGAGGAACAAAAGCGAACAGAAAUUGUUGAGAGCGCUUCAUCGGAAGAGAGAGAGAAAGAGUCUUGA